AUGGCCCUGCUGGGCCGACCGUGCUCCAGAGAUACUUGUGGUGAAAACGAUUCUGGUUUCGAUUGGUUUUGUGGGGGCUCCCUUAUCGGAACUCGGUUCGUCCUGACGGCGGCUCACUGUGCAUACGUUUCAAUGCCGCAUCCUCCGACGAUCAUCCGCCUUGGAGAACACAAUCUCAAGGAUAGCUUUUCUCCAAACCGCCAGGACGUUGAGGUUCAGAGGAUCGUGCACCAUCCGGGUUAUCACUACGCAUACUACGACAUCGCGCUGGUGCAAUUGAACGUCACGGUCACCGUCAACGCCUACGUGCAACCGGCUUGCCUUUGGACUCACGAUUACGAUCCUGACUCUCCGUUGAUAGCCACUGGAUGGGGAAAUCUUGGCUACUAUAACGAACAGGCGACGGUUCUACAGCGGGUACAACUUCCUAUUGUACCGAAUUGGCAGUGCAACCAAAGUACGUUCCACAACCGUCGUCUUCGGCACGGAAUUUUAAGCAUGCAACUGUGCGCUGGUGAUCAGCAGGGAGGCAAGGACACAUGUCCCGGAGACUCCGGUGGUCCGCUGCAGAUACCAGUCCCAGAAGCAGAUCGAGAAGCAGGGCUCUGCUCUAGUCCACACUAUUUGGUAGGUGUCACAUCAAACGGUAUGAUUUGUGGUACAGUUAAUCAGCCAGGAAUUUACACGCGCAUUGCGUCCUGCGUGAAAUGGAUUGGACUUGUAGUUGGUCGAGGCGUUUAG